AUGCAAAAGGGGCGGAAACUGCUCGCCGUUGUCCUCGCCGUCCUGGCCGUUGCCCAUGCCGAUGUCUCCCAUCUGUCUGGCUACAACUACGCCCCCGUGAGCAUCCCCGCUCCGGCCCCGGCCCCAGCUAAGAUUGCCCCCGCAACAGUGCCCGUGAGCAGCUACCUGCCCCCCGCACAGGCGCCAGCCCCCAUCCAGAUUGAGGUUCCCGCCCCAGCCCCUGCUCCAGUGGCUCCCGUGAAGGUUGCCCCUGCACCAGUCAACCAGUACAUUCCCCCCGCACCACCAGCACCCAUCCAGAUUGAGGUGCCUGCCCCAGCUCCAGUCCCCGUGUCCAUUCCCGUUCCCGCUCCCGUCAACCAGUACAUUCCCCCUGCACCCGUCAAGGCUGCUCCCGCUCCCAUCCUGGCUCCAGCCCCAGUCCUGGCUCCCCAGCCCGUCCUCGAGGAGAUCGAGCCCCUUGCCGCCGAUGGCUACCGCUACAAGACCGUGCGUCGUCGUGUGAUCCGUCGUCGUUACUAG